UUUGUGUGCUGGGGGUGGCACCCAGGGCUAGGCAGGCGCUCUAUCCCUGGACCGCACCCCAGGCCUUUUAAAAUUUGUCUUUUAUGGCCCGGAUUGUCCAACCUGGCCUCCCACUCGACACCUUCCUGCCUUGGCUUUCCUGUCCCAGCAGCUCAGUGCCAGACGCUGGCCACUGCCACGGGUAGAUGGAUGGACAGACCCCCCGGCCUCCCCUGUGCCUGGCCAGCGCUUGCCCUGUCCGGGUAGCGGGCUGGGGGUGUCCGGGUGCUGCGGGCCCCGGCCGAGUGCAGUCCCUGCGCAUUUCCCAUGUCUGGGCCCGGGUGACAGCAGCUACGCAGGACACCUGGCGCGGCAAAGGUUAUCGCGCGGAGCCAGAAAGGUCGCGCUGGCGCGUGGAGAUAAGGAGGCGCCCGCUCCCGGGCGCAUAAAUGCGAGGCCGGCCCUGCAGAGGCGCUGUGCUCGCCCAGGCCCCGGCCCCGUCCCCGCGCGAUGGCCCCGCGCGCCCCGCUGCUGCUGCUGCUGCUGCUGUUGCUGCCCGCGUGGACGCGGUUCCCCGGGGCCCAGGCCCGGGCGGCGCCCUUCGGGGUGCGGCUGUGCGGCCGCGAGUUCAUCCGUGCCGUGAUCUUCACCUGCGGGGGCUCGCGGUGGAAGCGCCUGGAUGCCCCGGAACCCGGGGCCGUGGCUGAUGCCUUCCAGGACGCGGACGGCCUGGCUCUGGGAGGACCCGAGGACGCCGUGGGCUUCAACGAGUGGCCAGCCCCGGCCCGGUCCCCGCAGGCCUUUUACAGCGGCCAGCCCGGCUGGGAGGGCCCCCCCGGGGCUCCACGCCACAACCGGGACGUCCUGGCCGGGCUGUCCAGCGCCUGUUGCAGGUGGGGGUGCAACAAAGGCGACCUCAGCAGCCUCUGCUAGGCCGGCACCGAGCAGCGAGGGCCCCCAGUGCCCAUGUCCCAGCCCUGCACCCUCAGCCCCACAUUUGUGGCUCUGCAGGACCCGCAGGCUGCGGCCAGGUCACCUGGAACCAGCCCUGAGCCCAGACCCUCCCAAUGUGACCUGAGCCAGCAGGGACCCUGCGCUGUCCACCGGCUGUCCCCGGUGCUGUUCGCCUCACGGUCCCCUGCAACCCCUCGGCCCCGCUGAACCCCGAGUGGCCUCACCGAGGAGUCCCUACGCCCAGCCCUGGUGCCGGCCCCCUGCUAGCUCUCCGGCGCCGGGCCCAGGCUGCCCAGGGUCAUCCUGCCGGGGUUGGGGUCCCCGAGUCCCUGGCUUCGCGGGCCGGGAGGGGGCGCUGGGGCGCAGGGAGCUCCCCAGCCCCGAUGGUAAUAAAAGUUGCAAAGACUAA